AUGUUUGCAAAUAACAAAUUUUUAAGAUUUAUGAUCGAUUAUACUCGGGUGACCGAAGACAGUUUAACAACACAAGAUUUCCCAACAAUAAGUAUUUCAGCUACUGACGAAAACUUUGACUAUACAAUGUUCAAUUUUCCUGAAAACGAUUUAAAUUCAGAUGAUUCUUCAGCUACUAAUUUUGAGCAAGAAAUAGCCAGUCAAAUAACUUCAUUAAUGAAACGGAAAACAUGCUCUGAGUGUAAAUCUCAGUUAUUUGGAGAUGGUAAUUUAAUGAAUCGCAUAAAUGAAUACAUUAAAUCGGCAGGGCAAGUUUUUGAACGCCAAAUUAUCCCAUUGUUUCAUACGAAGGAUAUUUAUGUACAUUUUGAAAUGCUGAUAACGCUGUUAAUAUCGCCAACACGGUUUACAUGUAAGCAUCAUCAAAACAAUUUGUUUAAAAGCAUUACACACAACAUUAUGACCCUAUUUUUCCGUAAAGAAUGCAGUAGACGGAAUAGAGUGUUUAAAGUAAACGAAGAAACUUCAGCAAGCGCAAGGAAGAUUGGCCAGCAAACUGGCCGGUCUAAAUAA